CAACACUACGGAGAAUUACCUCUAUGCAUAGGCUUUGCUGGUAAUAUUGACAAAGAAAGAUCGCAACUCUUAGGAGCUCUUCUUCUGAGUACACAUCAUCUCCUGGAUCUCCAUGCAUCUGCACCCAAAACAAAAUCUUGCCGCCUGUUAAGAGAUAUGGCCUCGAUGGGGGGUGGUUACCUCGAUCCAGCACCUCUGAUUCGGUCUACGAAGACCCCAACUCUGCUCAAUAAACAUCUGCAGUCGAUUUGCGCCUUUGAAGGCCUCUCAAAAAUCGGUGUUAAAGCCGAACUGCAAAAUCGAAUAAUAGAAAGAAUCAAAGCCUAUGCGAACACCAACAACGUCCAAGGCUUUGAGCGCAUGAGACACCUGCUCGCAAAUCCCCUCGAUCAACCGUCGACUAGGUACACUUUCGUUCCAUCAAUGGCAAGCGGGUCGUCAUCUGCGGCUCAGUCCCCCGCACCGCCCAAUCCAUAUUUGAACGCGACUCUAGGAGUUGGUGGUUACAAUAUGGGAGGGGCUGCUCCGGGCUAUCGGAUCUAUGGAAAUCCCAGGAUCGAAUUCAAGUCCAGUCCGUAUUAUGAGAUCAAGGAGCAACUAGGUUCUCCAGCACUCUGUGAGGUGAUGCAACAUCAUCGUCACACCGUCAAGGCCAACAUUCGAGUUCAGGACUACCCGAUCUUAAGUCGCGUCCAUUCUGAUCCUACUCUCAAGGUGAUGGUAUUCUGCGCACAAGAAGGUCCAGGCAAGCAGGAUAUCGCAUUCCCACAUCAAAGUGAGAUCAAGGUGAACACAGGCGAAGUGAAGGCAAAUCUACGUGGACUGAAGAAUAAACCUGGAUCCACACGGCCAGUCGACAUUACCAAAGACUUGCGCUUCAACCCUCUCCCAUACGUCAAUACGGUGGAAAUGACCUAUGCUCUCACAUCCAAGAAGUUUUACCUCAUGGUCUACGUUGUGAAGGCAAUACCUGUGACCGAUCUGGUGAAGCAACUAGAGACCGGCAAGCGUAUUACAGAGAAGUCAGUCGUUGAUGAUAUGCUCAAUAAAGCCCGUGAUGCAGAUAUCGUCACAACAGCUUCCGUUCUGUCUCUCAAAUGUCCCCUGUCAACCUUGAGAAUUGAUCUACCGUGUCGGUCAAUAGCAUGUCGGCAUAACCAGUGCUUUGAUGCAACAUCUUAUCUUCAGUUGCAGGAGCAAGGUCCAACGUGGCUGUGUCCAAUAUGCAACAACCCGGCUCCUUUUGAGUCUUUAGCUGUGGAUGAAUACGUUAAGAACAUCCUACAGAAGACUUCAAGAUCCAUUGACCAAGUUUCGAUUCAACCGGAUGGGAAGUGGGAACUCCACACCAGGAAGGAGCCUGCAACAUCAGCUCGGUCGGGUGGUCCACCAAGUGAUUCCGAUGAUGACAUUGUUGAGAUCACAAAGUCUGGUGACAGCAUCAGGAUGAGCGCACCUCGAUCAAUCCAAACACCAGGAUCGAUGCCACCGCGUUCGUCUGCUACACCUUCAACCUCUUCUGGUCAACCUGGAAGCUCAACUACAAAUUCAUUAGGCAAACGUCCCAUCGCAGCUGUUAUCGAUCUUACAUCAAGCGGAGAUGAAGACGAUGAACCUCUGGCACGAGCCCCGAAGCGACCAAUGACUGUCAAUGGAUACGGCACGCCUCUGAACGUACCAGUAUACAGAUCUGCACCUCAGAACCCAUUGCCACCUCGACCUCUAUAAUUGCGCGUUCUUUCUUUCCUUUGUCACAAUGCAUACCACGACGGCGCCGCCUGUAAGAUAGAACGACGAUUUCCAAAAGGUUUUCUCGAGGAUGAGGCGUUACUCACAAAUACACUUGCAUAGGAUGGAGUUAUUCGACGGUGUCAAGGCGAAGCUGGAGACGAUGGGAUAUUUGCUUAUGGCUUGCUUUGAUGGAGCACGGGGAGAUUGUGGACUUUGAGUCUGUUGAGAGUCAUUCCGAGCUUUUCAAAAUAAAGUCGGUUGAUUUCUCGGCGUUAUGAGGCCUUUAGAUUCUGGUUGGUUGCUACCACCAAUUUGUCUACGGACUUUGUGUAUCUAGAGCAAUCAUGCUUCUUACAAAAGGUUUGUAUCCCUUUGACUUUCGCACUGUGGGGAGG